CAGUUGGCAAAUAGAAACCCCGUUAAAUCCGAAUACACUAUCAACACUUUCGUAAUUUAAAUCAUGGUUAAGGUAUUGCGAAAUAGGUCAUUAGAUAAUAAUCUACACUCCCAUAGCCAGUUGGUUACAUGUUGACAUACAAGCCGGCUCUUAUGCCAUACGAAAAAUGUAUUUUCGAUAUCUUAGUCUGGUAUGGUUAUUAUUUGCGUGGAUUAUCGUUUCAGUCGAUUCUAGCGUGGACCGCUUCGAUACUAGUACCGUUCCAGCAAAGAAAGAUACAACAAUAAAUAAUGACGUUGGAUCUUAUUGUGUGGAGGAUCCAACACAGGACGCAGAGUAUUUACGAGAUUAUGAAGAAGCUGUACGGAAAGGUGGAGUCGCUGAUCUUGGCGAUUUUAUCACCGACGAUUUAAAUAAGUGGAGAGAAUAUAAAAUUCAUAUAGCCGUGAUCGGCGAAUCUGGGGCAGGAAAAUCCUCCUUCAUCAAUGCGAUGAGAGGACUUCGACCAGGCGAUGAAUUGUAUGCACAUACUUGAAGCAGCGAGACAACAAUAGCCUUUAAGAAGUAUCAACUCACUGAACAUUAUAACCUUGUGUUUUGGGAUCUUUCGGUUGUUGGGACUCCGCGUUUCCCAACGGAAAGUUAUUAAGGCGUCAUUGAUGUUGAGAAAUACGACUUUUUCAUUUUGGUCUCGGCAACUCGUUUUUAAGAAAACGACGCGUGGUUAGCUAAGGAAAUUCGUCAUCUCGAAAAUUUUUUUUAUUUGGUCAGGUCCAAAGUAGAUGUUGAUGUCGAAAAGAAUUUUAUGGAUUUUGAUGGCAGGUUAACAAAGGAAUAUAUAAUUAAUAAUCUACGACAAAAUACAAUAACCGAGCUUAUGAAGACGGGCGUAGCACUCCCUAAACAGUGUUUUGUCAACAACAGAAACAUUCAUGAGUAUGAUUACAAAGAUCUAAUCACACAGCUCAUAACCGACAUACCCGAUCUUAAAAAAGAAACCCUGAUAUUUCCCAUGUCAUCUUUAGCAAAAAAAAUAAUUGAUGAAAAGCACCAACUGCUUAAAAAGCGAGAAUAUCCAACAGCUAUUAAAGCAACAAGUGUUAGUGUACUUCAUGGAGACCGAGUAUAUAACGCAGCUAUUGCUGGGUCUAUUUUCGAUGUCGAUAUUGGUGCCUUGCUGCUAGAGGCAAAGUUUUAUCAAAAGCAGUUCGGAACUAAUGACGAAUCUUUAAAGAUUAUUGCAGACAGGCUGAAUAUAUCUUUUGAUGACUUCAUACUGAAUCUUACUAUUGUCACUACAUCGGUUGUUCAAUCGGAAGAUUCAUUCAUGCAAUUUUUCAGCAUGUUAAAAAAACAGUAUAAAGCAAAAAGGGGUUUGUUAGUUGUACCCAUUUCGGCCAUUCCUCUAUGCAUGUUUGUUCAGCGUCAAAUACUUAAUAUGUGUUACAACGAGGCAUCGAGAGUUCUUGCUGCGCAGCACAAACGUCUUAGCACCAAAAUGAUGAUAACGCUAGCAGCAGGCGAAAAUGGCACAGAAUAAUAGCUGUCUUAUUAUAUUCAGACUGUCCGACAAAGCAGUUCCUGCUUCGUAUUCGAUAAGUUUGUUGAUAUUUUAUUAAUGUAUGGGUUAAUCAUUUUCUUAUUGCGCUGAAUGAAAACAGGCCAAUGUUAUUCUUGCGCUUCAUUAUGGGAAAUGUUAUUAGUCAUGUAUUGAAUAAGGUAAAAUAAACGCUUUUAAGAUUAUGACACAUUUAUGGAUUUCAUCUAAAUGUUUAUCAAACAUAUGUUUUUAUAUAAAAUUCAAUUACUUUAUACAUUUAUGCUGGUGAUUCUAACUUAUACACUCCGUUAUCCCCGCGACAAGUCGUGGGUGGUUAUGGUUGUGUUCUUCGUAUGUCCGUCUGUCUGUUUUAUUUUCGUUUCCACUAUCAUUCCCGAAUACCCUUUGAUUGAUGUUUAUUAAACUUGGCUCAAAUGUUAAGGUCAUUGUGACGAUAAGCAUGGACCAGUCACGACAGUAAGGUCACACGUGAAGGACGAAUUAUUUAUACUGGAUCCUUAGCUCCGUUUUGUUUGUAUAUUGUGCAAUAUACAGGGUAUUCAUAAAACUUGCCUCAAAUGUUCAUCGCAUUUAGAAAGUCUGCAUGUAGCAUAAGCCAAACUCUAUCGCAAGGUCGAGGUCAUUCUUGAAAGGAUAACAAUGGGAGUGCAAGAUGUCCUUUGGGCGGCUAUGUUUUCUUUUAUGUUUUGUUUUCAUUUUACCUGCCAUUUGUUUCUCAAAUAUGCGGCUGUACAUGUAACAAAAUAUGUCCAUAGUUUAGUUAUACUUUUAUUUGGAACAUAUUAAUUUUUGAAUGAAUCAUACCAUACACGUAUCUUGCUUCUUCAUUUAUUGUUAUUUAGAUGCUGGCUUGUGACGCCAGUAUAACUCAAACAAUUCAUUCGAUGGAACGAUGACAUUUUGUGUUUGUAACCUAUGUGAAUUUGAUUACGAAUGACCGUAAUAUUUCAUUUUGUUGUUUGUUAUCAAUAAAACAAA